UGCUACCAUCUUUGUCAUUUUGGUUGUGGCGUUUAUCGAAAAGCCUUCGUCUUUGACGGUGACGUCGGACAUUCGCUACCGCCGUGCACCCUGGGAGCCACCGUGUGGUCUGACAGAGAGCAUCGAAAUGGUGUGUUUCCUGAUCUUCAUGGCUGACGUGUCUGUUAAAAGCUAUUUAAUUGGCUGGGAGGAAUUUCGGAAGAACAAAUGGCUCAUAGCCUAUAUCUUUGUGAUUGCAUUUUCAAUGUUGGACUGGAUGGUGUCACUCUGUCUGCACUGUGAAGAGGCCGUGAGAGUCCGAAGACUCCUGCGGCCUUUCUUUCUCCUUCAAAACUCGUCACUAAUGAAGAAGACUUUAAAAUGCAUUAAAAGAACCAUUCCUGAAAUAACAAGUGUUAUGUUUCUGUUGGCACUUCAUCUGUUUCUUUUUACAACGUUUGGCAUGCUGUUGUUUUCCCAGGGAAAGGAUGCUAAUGGGAACGCAGAAUGGCAGGCUUACUUCAGAAACCUACCCGAUUCACUUAGUUCGUUACUAGUGCUCCUGACAACAGCAAAUAAUCCAGAUGUGAUGAUCCCUACAUACUCAAAGAACAGAUUCUAUUGCAUCUUCUUCAUUCUCUUCUCUGGUUUUGGAACCUUCUUUUUAAUGAAUUUACUGACUGCUGUUAUCUACAAUCAGUUCAAGGGAUAUUUGCUGAUCUCUAUUCAGACAUCCCUGCUAAGAAGGUGCCUGGGGAUCAGGGCAGCAUUUGAAGUGAUGUGUUUUCAGUGCCAGUCCAUGUCGGGCAUAAAUGAGCGUGUGGAGAAUGUCAACACUGAGCUGGUCCUGAAGAUUCUACAUGGGGUGCAUAUAAAACCUUAUUACAAAGAAGCCAUAAUCCAGAAAACUCAGCAAUACGCUGAUGGUUCAAUAUCAGCCAACCAAUUUCAGAAACUUUUUGAUGAACUUGACAAGGACACAAUCAAACAGCACCCUCCAAAGCCAGAGUACCAGCUUGUGUUCCUGCAGAAACUACAGUUCAUCUUCAGCCAUCGUUACUUCAGCCUAGCAGGGAAUGUUGUCGCGUUGGCGAAUGUCGUCUAUAUUUGUGUGGUUCUGAUUAUUGACGAAGAUAAGGCCAUUUCAGAACGCUAUGAUUACUUUCUCGGGGCAGUUAACUGCUUCUUCAUUGUGUACUACCUGCUCGAAAUGAAGCUGAAGAUGUUUGCUUUGGGGUUCAAAGGCUACAUGUCUCACAGGAGUAAUAUAUUUGAUGGAUUUGUGAUUGUCUUUUUACUGUGUCUGCAGAUCACCAUUUUUGCUAUGUACAGUUUCCAACAUCCUCUGUGGGACCCGGAUAUGAAGGCAUUGAUGUCUCUGUGGGAGAUGGUCCGUUUGGUGAACAUGCUGAUUGUGUUCAGAUUCCUGCGGAUUAUCCCAAACAUCAAGCUGAUGGCUCUGGUGGCCAGCACCCUGCUUGACCUGGUAAAGAAUUUCAGAGCCUUUGCUGGAAUCCUGGUGGUUGUGUACUAUGCUUUUGCAGUGCUCGGUGUAAUGUUGUUUGAAGGUGUUAUCACAGCUCCUGGGAAUAUGAGUGUGGUUGUCAACACCAGUGUCACAAAUGCUACAGUAAACUACAGUGCAACAUGUGGCACUUAUGAGCAGCUGGAGUACUGGCCAAACAACUUUGAUGACUUUGCGGCAACUCUGGUUCUUUUGUACAAUAUCAUGGUGGUGAACAACUGGCAGGUGUUCAUGGAUGCUUUUGCCAGAUACUCGACCCCGUGGUCGAAGCUGUACUUUGUGGCCUGGUGGUUAACCUCCUCGGUUAUGUGGGUCAACCUGUUUGUUGCUUUAAUUCUGGAGAACUUCAUCCACAAGUGGGAUAGAAGCCAUCAUGGUACCCUCUCUGAUGAAGAUCAAGCUGAGUGUCAGGUGACAGUGCAGUCAAUAUUCAGAGAGUUUUUACAGGAACCAACAGAAGAGGAACUUCUUUCAAAACUGGAGCAGCACCCUCACUGGAACAUCAAGCGCUGAUCACAGUAACACUGAAGGAAUCAAAUCUGGAGUCCAGCAGUGUCCCAAACUGGGGUUCUUUUAGUAUCGCUGAUGGUUUUUAUUUUGGCUGUUGUGUUUUUCAUUUUUCAUUUUAAUAAUGUAUUUGCAUUUAAAGAUGAUCCUUUGUUUGUUUUAAGAAACAGAAUUCAUUUUCAAAUAACCCGGUUAUAAAAUCUGUACAGAAUCAGUAGGGUUACUGACUCCUGCAAUAUUCCAGAUUCAUGCCAGUUAACUACAGGUGCAGUAUAUGGAUUAAUCUAUAUAAACUAUAAUGGUGCAGCACAUUUGUACUCUGGGUGCCAUUAACUGUGCCACUUGUCUGCAGAAACCACUCUGCGGAAUCCCUGUGUAUAGAUUUUUUAUGCUGAAUCAUUUAAGCCACGUUGAAAGAUCAAGGUCUUAUGUUUUGUAACAAGUACAAAAGUACAUGUUUUCUGUCCCCCUUUGAAGGAUUUAAGAUGCGCCCGCUGUUUAAAGUGUGCUAAAACUUUGAGAAGAGGGUGUAGUUCCUGGCAACUUCUUGCUGAAAGCUUUCAAAAUUGAGUGUUUUUUUUUUUUUUUUUUGCAAAAUAGAGAUGUGACAGCGAGGGCUGAUCUGGGAAUCAAAAAACAAUGAACUUCUGUCUGAGACGAGAACCUUGCACUAAAUAUAAAUGCACCUGGGUGGGUGUUACUGUUGUUUGUAACACUAAAAUGCACUUUUUUAAAUUGUUAUUUUUUUAAUUUUUUAGUCUUGUUCUAAAAUAUCUGUUGCUUUAGGCUGCCUUAAAAGCACAUGCAUUUUCUAGUUAAAUUUCAAAAUAAUGGUUACAAAUGGGUGUCCUGUUAUUACUGUAUUGGUCCUCUAUCUUGUAUUUAUUCUGAACUAUAACACUCAGAAAAUGACCAGAUGAUCAGAUGCUACCACUAUGAUAUACAUUUGAGUUUGCUUCCAUUCUUCAACAGGUUUACCAAGGGUGCACAAAUCUGGCCCUCGUGUUUAUAGGUAUCAUUCUGUAAUUAACUCAUUAAAAGUUAAAUUAAGUAAUUUUGGGCACAGGUGGAACAAAGAACUUGAGGAAUGGAAUUGUGCAGCCCUGCAUGUAUUGCUGGCAGUGUGAUUGUGCAUUUGCUUUGUUUCCCUCUGCUGACAGAAUGUGGUAUUUCUGUAAUUAGUUCAAGAAUAAUACUUUUUUUUCACUGCUUUUCUCAUUCUGCUGUAUUUGAAAUAGGUCUGUAAGGCUGUUUUGGUUUGAAAUGCGAUGUAACUCUGCACAUGUAAUGAUAUUACAGGUUGUAAAAACAGACUUUGAACAUUUAAAUAACUCGAGUUAAAAACUUUUGAAUAGGCCCAGCAAUAUUUGUAUUGAACCAGAGCACACACACACACCUAUCUGAUGCUCUGUUCACACCUGCCUGCUUUACCUUGACUAGCUACAGGACUUUAAGCCGUUACUCUUGGCAGGUUUUGUAGCUCUAUCACAAUUGGGCCAUAUGUUGUAAUAUAUUCACAAAACACUUCUGGUAUGGGAACCUGGUAAGUACCCUGCAUUAGUCACACCAUGCUAAAUAACAACUGCAAAAACUUGGUGAUAGCUGGUGAUUUCCAUUAUUUAUUUCCCUGGAGAAAAUACAGAACUACUUACUAAGUCAUCUUGUGACCUCUUAUGAUUCAGAGUUUAAAAUUGUAGGUGUUUUGAAAUCGUUUGACUUGCAUCACAAGUAUGUCACAAGUAUGUUUCUCAAACCCCCAGUGUAAAUUGUGCUCUUUUUCUGUAAUUUUAAAAUCUAAAAAGCAAGUUGCAACUGGGCAUUAUAUAUGCAGUGGUUUAUUACUGUUUUAGAAUUGUUAGGUCAUUUAAAAUCAAAGUCAAAUGCCCACUGUUGCCCAUCAUCAUUUUAUGAAAAUAUUUGUACCUUUUGAAGACUGUUCUUUCUACAGUUUGAUUUGCAGCUUUAUGUAUUUAUCAUAUUCAUUGAAUGUUGAACUGUAGUCUCAGAAACGUGUUAUUUAAUACAAAAUAA